AUGGAAGACCCAAGUGAUGCGGCCAUUGGCUCUAUUGAUGUCGAUCUUGAUACCCAGGAGAUACUGCUGGCUGCAUCACAGCACGAUGUUGCAAAACUGCGCGAGCUUAUCCGCAGCAAUGAAAAGGACGAGAACCCCGCCAAUGCGAAAGACCCAGAGACGGGAUAUACGCCUUUGCAUGCAGCUAUAGCAGCAUGUGAACCUGAAAAGACCAAUGUUACAAAUGGCGAUACACGCGAGCAUACGACAAGUGAACAGGAGACGAUAGAAGGCGGGGUGAAGACGGUGAAAUUUUUGCUUCUAGAAGGAGCUAUAUGGAACGAUUUAGAUGCCAAUGACGAAACCCCCGGGUGUAUGGCCAGAAGGCUCGGGCUUACAGAGUUGUACCAGCUAAUGGUCGAUGCUGGAGUGCGCGCAGAGCUGUUAUUGAACCGGUUGGAGGGGUACGAGCAGCUAGAAGACGAGGAUGAAGAAACUGAGACUACAGAAGGGAAAGAGGCGGGGAAUGAUGCAGCUGAAGGUGAAAAGCCGGCUGAGGCAGCUGAUACGACGGCUGGAGAAGGGGCUGUCCAAGAUCCAAGUGUCAGUAAUGAGCAUUACCUGAGUUCCGGAUUGACAUUCCAGGAGAAUAGGCUGCUAGAUGGAGAUAAGAACGGAGUGAUGAUGGCGUGGGAAACCGGUAUAAUGGAAAAGUCAGCCAAAGCCUUGCUCCCUACGCCAGGACUUAGAGUGUUGAAUGUCGGACACGGCAUGGGAAUCGUUGACGGAAUUCUUCAGACUCUGCAACCAAGUGCCCACCAUAUCAUCGAGGCACAUCCAGCUGUGGUAGCAGAUAUGAAGAGCAAGGGAUGGCAUGAAAAGGAGGGAGUGACAGUACACGAAGGCAGGUGGCAAGACAUCCUACCCAAACUCGCUGCUGAGGGAGUGAUGUUUGACGCCAUCUACUAUGAUACCUUUGCUGAGUCGUACUCGGACUUCCGCGACUUUGCUUCAGAGCAUGUAAUAGCAUUGCUCGAGCCCGAGGGACGAUGGAGUUUCUUCAACGGCAUGGGGGCUGACAGGCAGAUCAGCUAUGAUGUGUACCAGAAGGUGGUGGAGAUGGACUUGAUGGAGGCUGGAUUUGAUAUCGACUGGACGGAUAUUGCAGUGCCUUCACUGGAGGGCGAGUGGGAGGGCGUCAGGAGGAAGUACUGGGUCGUCGAUAACUACAGACUGCCCUUGUGUAGAUACUCUGAUUAA